CAUGCCCUAUAUCUGCCAGAUCUGCCCCAGUCUUGGAAGAGAAGGGCUUCCCUGGGAACUGGUGGGGGCCCAGCCCGAUUGGGAACCCCACAUCCAACUAGGAUCCGUGUAUCUGUUUGGGGCAGGACGCCGUCUCCGUCUCGGGAAAGCUUGACACUGGCCCAAUGAACACCACCACCAGCCAGAUGAAGCUCAGCAAGAUGGUGGGUUCUGGGCUGCCCGUUGCGUCCAACCAAAGUCAAUGGAAACCCAACGGCCUAGAGGAGCUCUUGUCCAAUGGGGCGACCACGAACGGCAGUGUUCCGGGAGAGGAGUUCUUCCAGCUGCCCACUUUCUCUACUGCAGCCAAAGUCCGUGUUGCCAUAACGGUGGUCCUCUUCUUCUCUUCCACCUGCUUCAACACUGCUGUGCUCUGGACUGUCACCCAGAAGUACCAGCGUAGGCCUCACCUCCGUAUUCUCCUCAUGAACUUGGCGGCUGCCGAUCUCCUGGUGACCUUUGUGGUGAUGCCUUUGGACGCAGCAUGGAACGUCACUGUCCAGUGGUAUGCUGGCGACCUGGCUUGCCGGUUUCUCAUGUUCCUUAAACUUGUGGCCAUGUACGCCUCAGCCUUCGUUACUGUGGUGAUCAGCCUGGACCGAAGGGCAGCCAUCUUGCACCCGCUCAGCGUCAGUGAGGCCAAGAGGAAGAAUAAGGUCAUGUUGUCUAUAGCCUGGGCCUUGAGUUUAGUUCUGGCAUUACCUCAGGCGUUUGUCUUCCACACUGUCAGCCGGUCUCAGCCCACCUACUUCAUCCAAUGUGCCACCGUAGGGAGCUUCCAGGCUCACUGGCAGGAGACCCUUUACAAUAUGUUCACUUUCUGCUGGCUCUUCCUCCUGCCGCUGCUAAUCAUGGUCCUUUGCUACUCCCGCAUCUUUGUGGAGAUCUCGAGAAAGAUGAAGAAAGCUUGCGCUUCACCAAAGUCCAGGGAGAUCCACCUCCGCCGCUCCUACAACAACAUUCCUCGGGUGCGCAUGCGCACCCUCAAGAUGUCUGCCGUCAUCGUCCUGACUUUCGUCGUCUGCUGGACUCCUUACUACCUGCUCGGCCUGUGGUACUGGUUCUCCCCAGAGAUGCUGACCAGGGAGCAGGUGCCCCCUGCCCUCAGCCACAUUCUUUUCCUCUUUGGCCUCUUCAACGCGUGCCUUGACCCCCUGAUCUACGGCUUCUUCGCUAUGCACUUCCGGAUGGAGAGCGGGCGGGCCUGCUGCUGCCCUCGGAGGGAAAAGGAGAUGGAGGGAGCUUCCGUGCUCACCGGCUCCUUCCGAGCUUCCACCAUCAGCGGGGGAGCUGCCAGGCAGCUGAGGGAGCCCCAGAAGCACAAGCCGGAAUCGGCACUAGCGAGGGUCAGAAAUCUGGGGUUGAAGAGGAAGAAGGUGGCGGAGAGCUUCAUUUGA